ACGUUAAUUAUUCUGCUAGUUUUUGUACAAUUUUAUUAGUAUUGUGUAGUUAAAGUUGAUUCGUAGGGUUUCUUUAGGGUUCUACUUACGUUUGGUUUAUUAUUUUCAUCUAUAGUGUUUAGUUUUUAGGUAGUUCAUCUUGUUCGAGAGCCCCAUUUUGGCCCCAAUUUAGGUUAUUUAGGUUAUAUUAUUGUAAAUCCCUGUAGUUCUAAUUUUCUAGAAUUUGUAUACUUGCUUGCUUUGACUGUCAGUAUUCUCCUAAAAUUAUUGGUCUCUUUGGGCAAAAACAAUGAAGAUAAUUCUAAAUAUUUCGAAACUGUUCCAUCGGGUUUUAAAAAGGACGCGCUUCGUGACAAAUCAUUCAGUUUUAAUUGUUUAGUCAGUUUUUACCUUGGAAACAAUUAAACGACAGUCAAAGCGAGUUAGGUUAGUGUUUUUGACGUUGACAAUAAAAGUGUGUUCCCGAAUUUCGUUACAAUUGGUGUCAGAAGUAAAGGAUAUUUGGAAGCUCAUUUUAGUGGAUGCCUUUAACAAGAAGUCAGGCCAAGAUGGAGACCGAGAAAUUGAUGGAGCUGCUAUUAAGGAAGUUUGACGAGCAAAAAGUAGAACAAGAAGAACGAGACCGUAAACUGAAGGAAGAACAAGAAGAACGAGACCGCAAACAAGAAGAGCGAGACAAGAAACAGGAAGAUUUACUAAAGACAAUUAAAUCUGACCUGAAGAAGGAAAAUGAAGACCUGAUAAGGACCAUGAAAGAUGACCUAAAGAAAGAAAAUGAAGACCUGAUUCGAACCAUGAAAGAUGACUUACUUAAUUUAAAAAAUAAUCUUAAAAAGGAGCAGGAGGAACGAGACAGAAAACAAGAGGAACGAGUUUUACAACUUAAAGAAGAUCUGGAGAAGAAUCAGAAACAAUUAAUGACUAACUUUGAAGCAACAGUAGAAGAAGAAUUGGGGCAAGUACAAAAAAAGAUCCAAGAACUAGAGAUGAAAGUAAAACGGACUCCUCUUCAUCCCGAUCCUGGAAUGCAAACAAUGAUGAAAGUAAAGCCACCAAAAUUCGACGGCAAAGAAGCUUGGAGUACCUAUUUGAAUCAAUUUGAGGCCGCUGCUAGGGGAAAUCGCUGGGAUAACGAAGAAAAGGCAAUCAAUCUUAAGCUAAGCCUUAGAGGAGAAGCUACAGAAAUAUUAAGAAUGGUGCCAUCUGAGGAUCAGCUCAAUUUCGACGUACUGGUGCGUACCUUAGAGAUGAGAUACGGUGAAGCCCAUCUACAACAAGUGUACCAGGCUCAAUUGAAAUCUAGAAGACAACAACCCGAGGAAGGACUCCAACAGUUUGAGGCCGAUGUUGCUCGAUUAGUAAAUCUGGCUUACCCUUCAGCCCCAACAGAGUUCCGAGAACAAAUUUCUAUAAAUUGUUUUAUUGACGGAGUUCGAGAUCCAGAUACUAACCACGCUCUAAGGAUGGCUCAUCAUAAAAGUAUAUCAGAAGCUUUGGCCCAUGGACUAGAGUAUGAGGCAGCUUUUCAAGCAACUAGAAGGCAGACACGAAUAAGACAAAUCAGAACUUCGGAAAGUGAUCUCGAAGACCGCCUAAAGAAGCUUGAAUCAUUAUUAGCGAGGAAACCUAAAAGACCAUUGCAAUGCUGGAAUUGCAAUGAGGAGGGGCACCUUAAACGUCAAUGCCCCAAGCCUUUAAGAGAUCCAAGGAACCAGGAAAACUUCAACUAGUCAGCUUUAUGGGGCGCAAGCUGGCUGGGUGCUACCAAGCCCCACGUAUAAGACUAAACCGGCUGCCACAUCCUGGAGAGAGCUUGGUAGUACCGGGAAAAAUAUGCGGCCGUGAAUGUGAGAUGGUAGUGGAUACAGGAUCAAGUCAUACUAUCGUGAAGCCGAACAUCGUAGCACACUGUAGGCUCUCAGCACCACCCAAUUUAAUUCUGGAGUCUGCAAAUGGAAAAAGGAUCCCGAUUCUUGGAUUGCACGAAGCUACAGUCACCAUUGGCUUAACAACAUUCCAACAGCCAGUACUAGUGGCAGAAAUCAUGGAUGAUGUCAUAUUAGGAUUAGAUGUUAUGAAUGCUCAGCAGUUUAAAAUGGAUGUAUAUAACCGGAUAUUGACGACGAGAAAUGAAGAGAUUUUUAUGCACCACCUAUAUGAAGAUAAAGUAAAUACCAGAGUCGUUAAGUUAUUCAAGGAUGUUACUAUACCAGGAAAUUCAGAGGUGGUGGUUUAUGCUACAACUGGAGGAAAAGAGGGAGAAACUGUUUUGAUUGAGCCCAUGGAAAAAUGCAAACUAUAUGGUCAAGGAAUUUUUCCAGCCAAGACGUUAACUACGCAGAAGAAAUCUACUAUUUUGGUUCGAAUGGUAAAUUUAAAAGGAUAUGAUCAACACCUGAAACAAGGAGAGAACAUUGGCGUAUGCUCUGAAGUAGUGGCAGUCAUGAAAAAUGCUGAUAGAAGUCGUUAUUUAAACAGACCUUUUCCUGUAUGUUUACAAAACCUAUUUGAAGAAUCUUCUGCCAAUUUAACCAUGGACCAGUGUAGUAAAUUGCGACGUCUUCUUGAAGAAAAUCAAGAUGUGUUUUCCUUGCACGAUAAAGACCUGGGAAGAACUGAUUUGGUGCAGCAUCGAAUUAACACUGGAGACAAUACUCCGAUUAAACAAGCACCUCGAAGAAUUCCGAUAGCUAAACAAGGAGAAGUUUCCUCAAUGCUUCAAGAAAUGAGGACACAAGGAGUGAUAGAGCCUUCUCAGAGUCCUUGGACAUCUCCAGUUGUGCUAGUGAAGAAAAAGGAUGGAUCCACUAGAUUUUGUGUAGACUAUCGGCGACUGAAUGAUAUUACCAAGAAAGACAGUUAUCCCCUACCAAGAAUUGACGACACCCUGGACACGCUAUCAGGUUCACAAUGGUUCUCAACACUCGAUCUAAAGAGUGGAUACUGGCAGGUAAAUAUGCACCCAGAAGAUAAGGAAAAGACCGCAUUCUCGACUGGAACAGGACUUUGGCAGUUUACAGUAAUGCCCUUUGGACUCUGCAAUGCUCCAGCUACCUUUGAGAGACUUAUGGACACAGUUUUACGUGGAAUGACUUGGGAAUCAUGUUUAGUUUAUCUGGAUGACGUUAUCAUACUGGGGAAAACAUUUGAAGAUCAUUUGAAGAAUAUUCAAAAGGUAUUUGUUAAACUGCGAGAGGCCAACCUGAAGCUAAGUCCUAAAAAAUGUUGCUUAUUUCAAAAAGAAGUUCGAUACCUUGGCCAUGUAAUAUCAGAAAAAGGUGUCAAGACUGAUCCAGAUAAAGUAGAGGCGAUCGAAAAAUGGCCACGACCCACUGACAAACACCAGUUAAGAAGCUUUCUGGGCCUUUGUACCUAUUACAGAAGAUUUGUAAGAAAUUUCGCUAAUCUUGCAAAGCCUCUACAUAAGCUCACGGAGGACAAAGUGGUAUUUAGUUGGUCAAUAGACUGUGAAGAAGCAUUUCAACAGUUAAAGAGAGCACUUUGCACAUCUCCAAUUUUAACAUAUCCGAUUCCUGGACAAACUUUUAUUUUGGAUACCGAUGCGAGUAAUGUUGGAAUUGGGGCCGUUCUAUCACAAAAAUAUGAAGAUGGCGAGCAAGUAAUAGCUUAUUUCAGUAAAACAUUAUCAAAACCAGAAAGAAACUAUUGUGUCACUAGACGAGAGCUAUUGUCAGCAGUAAAAGCUAUUGAACAUUUCCAUAAAUAUUUGUAUGGUCAACGAUUUAUCCUUAGAACCGACCAUGCUUCGUUGAAAUGGCUGUUUCAGUUUAAAAACCCCGAAGGACAAAUAGCAAGGUGGCUUCAACGAUUACAAGAGUAUGACUUUACAAUAGAACAUAGGAAAGGCGCAUAUCACCAAAAUGCCGAUGCUUUAUCGAGAAGACCAUGUAUUGAAACAUGUCAACAUUGUUUUAAAAAGGAAUCAAAACAGCAUCCAGAGAUAUUUACUUGUAAUCGUAUUGGCCUUCACAGUUCUAAAGAGUGGGAUGUAGCUAGUUUAAUCCAAGAUCAGUGUGAUGACCCAGUAUUUGGUCUUAUUUACGAACUGAAAUCUCGAGAAAUUUCAAAACCAGAAUGGAAAGACAUUUCUGACAAAUCUCCAGAACUUAAAGCUUAUUGGUCUCAAUGGAAUUCAUUGGUUAUAAAAGAUGGAGUAUUAAAAAGAGUCUGGGAGAGCGUAGAUGGAAAAGAAAAGACAUAUCUGACAGUCCUUCCUCGAAAACGUAUUCCGGAAGUCCUUGAAGCUGUUCAUGGCGGUGUCGGCGGAGGACAUUUUGGAGUUAGUAAGACCUUGGCAAAAGUGAGAGAACGGUUUUACUGGCUGAACAGUCAUCAAGAUGUUGAACGCUGGUGCCGACAGUGUGAGCAGUGUUCGUCAAGCAAGGGACCAAAAACCCGGACAAGAGGAAAGAUGAUGCAGUAUCUUGUUGGUGCACCUUUUGAACGAAUUGCCAUAGACGUAGCAGGACCCUUUCCUACUAGUAGCUCCGGAAACCGAUAUGCUCUUGUUGCUAUGGAUUACUUUAGUAAGUGGCCCGAGGUUUAUCCGAUUCCAAACCAAGAAGCAACGACAGUAGCUGAAGUGCUGUUCCAGAACUGGAUUUGUCGAUUUGGUGUACCCAGAGAGAUACAUUCAGACCAAGGAAGGAACUUUGAGUCACAAAUAUUCCAACAAGUAUGCCAGUUGCUGGGAAUCAAUAAGACCCGUACAACCCCACUACACCCUCAGUCUGAUGGAAUGGUUGAAAGAUUUAACCGCACAUUUGAAACCUAUUUAAGGAUGGUAGUAAACUCUAAGCAAACCGACUGGGAUACCUGUAUACAACCAUUCCUAUUGGCAUAUCGUUCUUCUAUCCACAAGUCAACUGGAAAAAGCCCGGCAAAAGUUGUCUACGGUGAUGAACUUCGUUUACCUUUGGACAUUAUUACUGGAAGACCCCAUAAGUCUGAAACCCUGGAGGAGUACGUCGACCAUUUACAAGAGCGUUUACAAAUUGUUCACGAACAAGCACGGGAUAAACUUCAUCUAGAAAGUAACAGAAUGAAAUCACGUUAUGACAUAAAGGCAAAUUCUACCGGUUUUAAUCCUGGGGAUAAAGUCUGGUUAUACAAUCCACGGAGGACGAAGGGCAAGUCACCAAAGCUCCAGAAGGAUUGGGAAGGUCCAUUCAAUGUGGUCACCAGAAUCAACGACGUGGUGUACCGUAUCCAGCGACAUCCGACAGCAAAGAUGAAAAUUGUAAACAUCGUCCGGCUGGCGCCCUAUCAUGACUCAGGUGGUCCCAUGUUUGAUCGGGACGAUCAAACUUGAGAGGGGAGCAGUAUUAUGAAAAUGUAAAUACGUUAAUUAUUCUGCUAGUUUUUGUACAAUUUUAUUAGUAUUGUGUAGUUAAAGUUGAUUCGUAGGGUUUCUUUAGGGUUCUACUUACGUUUGGUUUAUUAUUUUCAUCUAUAGUGUUUAGUUUUUAGGUAGUUCAUCUUGUUCGAGAGCCCCAUUUUGGCCCCAAUUUAGGUUAUUUAGGUUAUAUUAUUGUAAAUCCCUGUAGUUCUAAUUUUCUAGAAUUUGUAUACUUGCUUGCUUUGACUGUCAGUAUUCUCCUAAAAUUAUUGGUCUCUUUGGGCAAAAACAAUGAAGAUAAUUCUAAAUAUUUCGAAACUGUUCCAUCGGGUUUUAAAAAGGACGCGCUUCGUGACAAAUCAUUCAGUUUUAAUUGUUUAGUCAGUUUUUACCUUGGAAACAAUUAAACGACAGUCAAAGCGAGUUAGGUUAGUGUUUUUGACGUUGACAAUAAAAGUGUGUUCCCGAAUUUCGUUACAAUAUAAUAUGUUUAUUUUUCAAAUGCAAUAUAACAAAAGAAAUACAAGUAAAUUUAAUAAACAUUGGCAAUAGAUAUAUAAUGCCCCCAGCCCUCAGGAGCUAGUACGCUGUGCGAGGACUUGCUGGUAUUUUUUUUCGCCUUAAUAUAAACCUAAAUUGCAAAACAAAACAAACAAUCUAAACUAUGAAUCUAUUGCAAUUGCAAUGCUAUUUGCAACGCAUAAAAAUUAAUUAAAACUCAUAAAACUAAUCAAAACAAAAAAAAUCAAACAAUUUAACAAAACAUUUUUAUAACAGGAUUACCAAACUAAAGACCUACUGUAUUUUGUAGUCCUUUGAAAAACUGUUAUUACCGUACUGCACCAAUGCAAGACACAGAUCAAGAUUAAAAUUAAAGGGCCAUAUAAGUGGACAUGUUAAUUUCUAAUAUUUACCAAACCAUCAAUAAGCUGUCUAUUUUGAAGGAUAAUAAAUUUUUUGAUCCUACUUUUAACCAAUCCCAAUGAGUUGCUACCUAGAAUAACACCUCUCAUUUCUACUGGUAAAAAAUUAUAACAUCUGGCAAGAAGAUAAGUAAAACGAUGUUGCCCUAUUGUCUUCCUAGCUCUAGUGGUUUGUGAGGAAUUCUGUUGACGAUUUCUUGUAUUAUAUUGAUAGGUAAUUAAUAAAAUGUUUGACUUAUAUUUGUGUAAAUAUGUUAAAAUAUUAUAAAAAAAUAUUUGACGAAUAUCGAAAAUUUUUGUUUCACUGUACAGUAGAUCUGAGGAAUAUAGUCUAGGUUUUUUAUAAAUAAUUUUAAUGAUACUCUUCUGAACGAUUUCUAGGCAUUUUAAAAAUACGUCUCUAGCCCCUCCCCAUCCUAAAAUUCCGUAUUGAAGACGAGAUUCUACCAAGGCAUAAUAAAUUAUUUUUAAAUGCGAAAUGCUUAAUAUUCCAGCUAAAAACUUAAAUCUACCCAAUAAAGAUCUUAAGGUAUUUGCAACGUUUUGUAUAUGAAUAUUCCACUUA